CUCAGGAGCAAACCCAUUGUUAUAUGGAGCAACACGGCAAAUCUACACGCUGUGUACUCUUCAGACGCCAUCAAUCCCUUUGUUUCGCUCCCUAGCCGGCCGCCGCUGCGAAGAUGACAACCGACACCCAUCAACUGGAACUGGCCCUUGGCCUGAUGUAUGCCUGUGGAAUUCUCCUCGAGCUGCUCAUUAGGAUGUUCCAAGGAGUUCCACAAUGCAUACCCGAAGCCUUUUACCAACGGCCAUGUCUGAUCGCCCUACGGCCAGUCGUUUUCUUCUUUCUACCUGCCCUACUAUGGCCGUUCAUCAUGACCUACAGAAUUCUAAGACCCAUCAUCAACGUGUACCGCGAAUGCUGCCUCCACCAGGAAGACUAUUUCGACCACGCCGAAACCGCUUCCUCCGCGUCUACAGGGAGCGAUGAUAUGGGUCCAGACCUCGAGAAGCAGGUGAUGAAGGCGAGCGAGCAGCAGCAGCAGAAUACGGCCCAACAGCCCAAAGGAACACCUGAGCAGAAACAGGCGCCAAGCGCGUCCGGCUCCAACGUCGCAUCUCCAUCAGAGACCAACGCUCCUGCAUCACCGGCUCGGAAAUUGGACAGUAACGUUUGAUCAAUCGGAUUGGUGUCGGCUUGUACACGUCGACGUCGCUGUGCUUCUUCGGGGAUGGUUCCGCUGCACGUCAGCCGUGUUGGCAUGCGUGCCGUCGCCUAGCCCAGGCACCGUCUAACCUGGGACCGUUUCAACAAUAUCUAGCUCACUCAUCGCCCAGACUGAGUUGGUUUUUCUCUGGAUUUAUGUGGCAGAUGGAAUACUCGACAUCUACACAACAACUCUCGAGCAUAGGGCGGACACAAUUGCCCGCAGUUCACUGGAACUGUGACACAUACAAAGAUGCUGGUCCUGGUCCAGAACUGGUCAGCGUGUCACAACCAAUCCACUUAUCCGUCGACUCAGGUCUCACAAGCAAACAUGGAGAUGUGUGCUGUGAUACGCUCAAUCCGAGGGACAUUGCAAGUCUUGGCAACACAGGGAUCUGUGUAGGGAGGAGGGCUUAAUACUUGGCCGUUCAGCUCACAGGCGUGUGUGUUGAAGCGCAUUGGAUCAUUUUCACAGUCAAAAUAUAUGCGCAACGACAUUGGGUCGGUCCAUCAUGCUGCUGAAUCGCUGGCCGAGGCUUCAAGCUGGACGAGGCCCGUUCGUGCUUGAACACGACGUCGAGAGCUGUUAGGGUAUUGAAGAUUGAGUCCAACUUUGAUGGCGGUAUUGUUUGGUUUUCAUCUCGACAGAUUACAUCUCAGUAGGGUCGGCCCGCAGAGACCUAAAGAAAGCCAUUGUUCAAACAAGAGAAGCUGCAUUGGCAGAACGUGUACGAAGUAUUCAGAACUUGGGGACUUCGGUAUUCAAUUAUAACCCAUAAUUAUGUAGUCUUCCUCAUGUUGUGAUUACUGUUUCCAUCACCUCACUGUGUAUGAGUGUCUCUUAAUUACCAGCAAGUAUUUUGAUUGAUC